CCAAGCAAAGAAGGCGCUUUCACAAUUUUGGGCGCAAAAAAAGAAAAGAAAUCCACUAGAAGAUGAGAGUCAUGUCAUUUCCCAACUACCACCGCCGUCCUCUCCCACCGCCACCCUAAACUCGCGAACCUAAACCCAUCCACGGCGGCAGCGUAGCUGUCUUUGGCCGAGAUAGUCGCCGGACAAAUCUCCAGACGCACACAAUGCAAAUGCUAAGAGCGCUCUUCGCGACAUUCGCUGUCCUUUGCUCUUCCUCUAUCGUCUUCUCCGCCACAGAUUCCGAGUUCCUAGUAGGAAGCGACGCCUUUAAUGGAAGCGUGGAAUUCAACAUUUCCCUUGCGGCGAGAUCUAAUGAAGACAGCUUCGCUGGCAUGAUUGAUCGAGCUCUGGAGAAGGAAUUCAAUGAGACUAAUGACCAGUCCAGUGAAAUUGAUCAUGGGAGCUUCAACAAUAGUGUGGCAGAGCAGCAGGCAGUCCUCGAAACGGUUGCUAGGGUCAAGUCCAAGAAGAACGAGACAAGAGAAGUGAAGUCCUUUCAGCUGCAUAAUGUUUUCAACUUGGAUGACAACGGAGCUGAAGAUACACCAACAUUGAUAGAUCAAAAGGACAAUGUCUUUAUCAUUUCCAACCCAAAGUCCAAAUUUCCUGUCUUGCAGCUUGAUUUAAGAUUAAUAUCAGAUCUUGUUGUUGUGAUUGUUUCUGCAACUUGCGGUGGUAUUGCCUUCGCUUGUGCUGGACAACCAGUUUUCUCAGGGUAUUUGCUAGCUGGAUCCAUUAUUGGACCUGGAGGGUUAAACUUUGUUAGUGAAAUGGUUCAAGUAGAAACGGUUGCCCAAUUUGGUGUUAUUUUCCUUCUUUUCGCACUGGGUUUAGAGUUUUCCACAGCAAAGCUUCGUGUUGUUCGAGCUGUUGCUUUGUUAGGGGGGUUACUCCAGAUAUGUCUUUUCAUGUGUUUGUGCGGGAUAACAGCCUUGUUGUGUGGAGGAGAAGCAUCCGAGGGUGUUUUUGUUGGUGUGUUCUUGUCAAUGUCUUCAACUGCAGUGGUAUUGAAAUUUUUGAUGGAGAGAAAUAAUAUCACUACGCUUUACGGACAAGUUACCAUUGGAACCCUUAUUCUACAGGACUGUAUGGUAGGUUUACUAUUUGCACUGCUUCCAAUUCUGGGUGGUACUUCUGGGGUUCUUCCUGGAUUGAUGUCCAUGGGAAAAAUAUUUGUGACGUUGGCUACAUUUUUAGUCGUUUUGUCAAUAUUCUGCCGCACAUGUGUGCCUUGGUUUCUUAGGCUGAUGAUAGGCCUAUCAUCACAGACUCAUGAACUAUAUCAGCUCGCAUCUGUUGCUUUCUGCUUGCUUGUUGCCUGGUGUAGUGAUAAGCUGGGUCUUAGCCUUGAAUUGGGCUCUUUUGCUGCUGGAUUGAUGAUAUCAACAACAGAUUUAGCUCAACAUACACUUGAUCAGGUUGAGCCAAUCCGGAACUUCUUUGCAGCUCUUUUCUUAGCCAGUAUUGGCAUGCUUAUCCACGUUCAUUUUCUGUGGAGUCACAUUGAUAUCCUACUCGCAUCCGUUAUUUUGGUAAUUGUCUUCAAAACCAUUGUGGUUGCAACAGUGGUCAAGUGUUUUGGUUACAACAACAAGACUUCACUUCUUGUUGGAAUGUCUUUGGCGCAAAUUGGGGAGUUUGCCUUUGUUCUUCUAGGCCGUGCUUCAAAUUUUCAUCUAGUUGAGGGCAAACUGUACAUGCUGCUUUUAGGUACCACAGCUCUUAGCCUGGUAACAACUCCAUUACUGUUCAAACUGAUUCCUGCAGUAGUGCAUCUUGGGGUUCUACUGAGGUGGUUUUCUGCAGAUAUCCCUAUUGAGAGCGGAUCUAAAGGAGAUACAAGCAUGCGAGCAGACAGUGCUAAGCGCAUCACAGUCUUGGUCCAGGGCUCCGUCAUGCGUGAUACUAUGCAAUAAUAAAAAAGACUAAAUAUAUAUCAACAGAAAAGAAAUACUGAGUAGCACCAAAUCUCAGAUUUUGUCUGAUGGCACUUGUUAUCUCUGGGCAACCAGAAGUGCCCGAGACUGUGACUGAUUGAUUGUGAGUGUGGACCACACUUGUGAAUACACCCGAAAUAUGUUCUGCUGAGGACACGGUUGGAAGUGCGCAGAAAUUAGGUGCACGACAUUCUCUUUCUCUCUAAGCAUAUGCAUCCUCAAGGGUUUUCGUUUCUGAUGAAACAGUCAAUGUAAGUCACUGCUAGUAGUAACCUUACCCAUCUAAGUUUGCAAUCGUCAAACAACAAUUUUCUUACCACUUCCUUUCAUUAGUAGAUUCUAAUCUUUCCUCCAUUGAUUGAUGUAAAUAAGCAGAAUCUACUCAUCUUACCAUUAUUGGACUCGAUUAGUUUCGACAGUGCUGCCCCUUUUUCAGUUUUCACUUCAAGCUUUCGUGCCCAAGGAUUUGAAGUUUUCAGUAUCUUGUAGACGGUUAAUAUUGUGAGUUUGUACAUGUACGAAGUUAUAAGUAGGUUCUUAUGCCCAAGAAUAUUAUAUGCCACUAUUAUACAUUGUUAUUCUUUUUUAGUGCUAUUGACUCGAUUACAAUACAGUAUCAGUUCAUAU